AUGGCAUUGGUCGAUGGCGAGAAAAGCGAGGAGGAGCAGGCUGAGAAAGCUCCCGAAGACACUUAUUAUGACAAGAAAAGCUCAUUCUUUGAUCGCAUUAGCUGUGAGGCUUUGGAGAAAGCUGAAGGAAAAAGUGGACGUCCGGACUGGAAAAAGGAACGCGAAACAAAUCAGGAAACUUUCGGGCACUCUGCAGUUCGCUCGCUGAACUACCGUCGCGGCUUCGGGCAACGUGGACGCGCUCGUGGAUAUGGACGUAAGCAUUAUUAUAGAAUUUCUUCUUUUUUAUUUUUAUCGUUUAAUAAAUGUGCCAACUUGGGUGAGCUUGCGUAUGGCUUUUGGUAUGAUGAGGUGUAG